CCAUACUUGUCGCUGAAAUCAGAUGCGCUUCGAGUGAAAGGUGAUGAACAGUCUUAAUUCAACUACACUUAAAUACAUGUAUAUAUAUAUACGCAAGCAUUGUUACCAAUGAAUCAUUUGCUUUUGCUUAACAAAUGAGAAUAUUAAUAUAACAUAAGUUCUGUUUUAUAUGAAGAGAAAAACACUAUGCUUCCAGUACGUUAUACACGAAAUUUAUUUCUCAGAGGAAUUUGCAUAAUUUAUUUAUCUGCUUUUCUCAGUUUCUAUGUUCAGAUUCCAGGAUUAUACGGUAAUAAUGGAAUCUUACCUGCUAGAACGCAGUUAAAUUUUGAAAGUCAUGCAUCAUUAAAUGAAAAAUUUUCACAAAAGCCAACAUUGAUAUGGUUCGCUCCAUAUUUAGGCUUAAAUGUAGAAUAUAUGCUUGAUUUAUUAUCACUUCUUGGAAUAACACUUGCUUUUUUGGGAUUUGUUUCACAAAAGUUCUGCGUUUCACCAGUGUUUAUAACACUUUGGUUAUUAUAUUAUUCUUUGUACCAGAUUGGUCAAAUAUUUAUGAAGUUUCAAUGGGAUUCUCUUCUCUUAGAAACAGGAUUUCUAUGUAUCUUUAUAGCACCCCUUUUAUAUUCUCCACAUAAUAAAAGAAGUACUCCAAGUGACACUGUUACUUUUUGGACUGUACGUUGGUUACUCUUUCGAUUGAUAUUUUCUACUGGUGCUGGAAAACUCAUUUCUCAAUGUCCAAGCUGGUGGAAAUUGAAUGCUUUGAACACGUAUUUUGAGUCUCAAUGUAUACCUACUGCUUUAGCAUGGUAUGCACAUCAUUUGCCAGUUUGGAUUCUUCGGUUCACUACUGUUUUAACAAAUGUUACGGAGAUUGUUAUUCCUUUCUUAUUCUUCUUUCCAAAUAGAUUAGUAAGAUUAACAGCUUUCUAUCUUCAGGUAUUACUACAAGUUUUCAUUAUUGUAACAGGAAAUUAUAAUUUUUACAAUUUUUUGAUAAUAUGUUUAUGUAUCUCUUUACUGGACGAUCGUAUUUUUAAUGGUAGAAAACAUAAAAAUAAUAAUGUCCUUGACAAAAGAUCUGUACUUUUGUGCAUCAUGAUAUAUACAAGUAUAUUAUAUGGUAUGUGUGUGUAUUACAACAUACAUAUCUCAAAUAAUUGGACUAUUCAAGCUGAAAUUGCAUUUACUCAAAAGCAGUUUAAUAAUUUUCUGUCAUAUAUAAUUCCUAUUUCUAUUUAUAUUGGUAUUGCAUCGCUUGGAUACAUAAUAAUAAAUACAAUGAAAGACCUGGUAAUUAUCACUAAAGGAACACAGAGUAAAGCAAUUGUUAAUCUUGUUACAAUUUUAUACACUGCUGCUGUAUGUUUAAUUUUUACUCUUAGUAUUGUACCAUAUGUUACAUUGAAUCCACAUUACAACUUAUCAAUACCAUCUCAGAUUCAAAAGCUUUACACAAAUGUUGAACAUCUUCAUCUUGUUAACAGUUAUGGAUCAUAUAGACCUAUGAAAGGUAUUGCUGGAAGGCCAGAAAUAAUUAUUGAAGGCAGUAAUACUAUUGAUGGGUCUUGGAAAGAAUAUGAAUUCCUAUACAAACCAGGAAAUGUAAAUAAUGUAUUACCAUUUGUAGCUCCUCAUCAACCUCGUCUUGAUUGGCAAAUGUGUUUUGCUGCUUCAAGUACAUAUCAUCAAAAUCCUUGGUUAAUGUCAUUAGCAUUUCGUCUUUUAAAUGGACAGCCCGAAGCAUUGGCUUUAAUAAAUACUGUGGAAAAUCCAUUUAAUACUAAACCGCCAAAGUACAUAAAAGCAAGUCUUUAUCAUUAUUAUUACGUGCCAUGGAAUAAUACACAAAGCAAUACGCAAGCUUGGUGGACUAGAGAAAAAGUGGAGGAGUAUAUGCCAAUAUUUGCUAGAGAUCAUGUACCUUUAAUAGAAUAUUUGUCAAAAAAGAAACUUAUUCAAGAAAAACCAAUUUUAAAAAUUACCAAUGGAAGACUUAAAUCAAUAUUAGAUGCUAUUAGACAUUUAGUUUCUAAGGUUGAAGCAAGUUUAUUUUUGUGGGGAGUUCAUACAGCAGGCUGGGGAAUAAUGCUCUUAUGAUUUAAAUGCUAUUCAAAAUAAUUUAAUUUAAAAGAAAAAAUAAUCAUAUAACUUUUCAUAAGCUAUCACAAUAAUUAUUAAAAUAUUGUCAUUACAUAAAAAUAAUAAUUAUAAAAAUGAAUUCAUACUCAAAAUAUUAAUGUAUAUAGUUUUUGAUAAGUUUUUGUGUUUGUUUAGUAUGCACAAAGUAAAGCAAUCAUAUUAUUCUACUAUGCAAUAUCUUUC